GGCAAAGUUUUUUUAAACUGUUUUUUAACCUCUGAAAUUGGUUGGUAAGUGAGAACGUUAGGGUGUUUCUAUUCAGUAAAAACGCAGCUCCCCCGUUUACUUUAAUUUGUUUUAAGGCAGUCUUGCCCUCACUAACAUGGCGGACGCGUUGACGUAUCGCGGCGACGGCUCAAAGCGGCCAAUGAGGCGUCUAGGUAUUUAUAUGUCUAUGGUUUAAAUGUACUGAGAGACUGUGAAAUACAAACGUGUCAGUACGCAAAUAAAAUCGUGCGUUUAUUUGAAAUCUUUAAUAAGAAAAUUAUCAACUGCCUUCAACUUUUCUCCAAUGCAGUUAAAGUGAAAGGGAGUUGAAGAACCGAGUGACUGAAGGAUGAGGCUAAACAGAUAAUUAUUAUUAAUGAUAAACGAGUGAUUCGUGACAAACUCCGCCCACACAGGUUUCUUCCUGCUUUCAUGAAGGGAAUGACAAACUUCGACAUGCUGGUAUCACUUUUACUUUAAAGACACUCUCCGUUCUAUAUAGUUUAAUAAGUAAAUAUAAUAUACGACGCAAAAUGAUGAUUUUAUGACCGUAUUAAAAGUGUAAUUGUAACUGUAUGAGUCGCAGAAAUGGAUGAUGAAGAGAAACAUCAGGACUCAGAGAAGAUGAUGAUCAGCUGAUGAGUAAAGAAAGAACAGAACAUAAACAUGUCCAGCAGAGAAAGACGAGCUGUUGUUCAUGGUACUGCUCAGAGGAGAAGACAUAGCAAAGAAAUACCACCCAACCUGAGUGAUGUGACUCCUCUGAGGAUUGUUCUUCUGGGGAAGAGCGUGUCAGAAAACAGUCUCGUAGGAAACUUCAUCUUAAGACGAGCAGCGUUUGACAGUGAAGCUGCACCAGAUGUUGUAGAGAGAGUCGGAGGAAGACUGAAGGACAGACACCUGAUGAUCAUCAACAGUCCUCAGCUGCUCCAGACGAACAUCUCAGAUCAUCAGAUCACACACACAGUGAGAGAGUGUGUGUUUCUGUCUGAUCCAGGACCUCAUGUGAUCGUUCUGCUCCUCAAACAUGAGCAGUGUUCAACAGAAGAUCAAGAGUGUGUGGAGAAGGUGCUGGGAUCUUUCUCUGAGCAGGUUUAUCAACACAGCAUGUUGCUCAGCACACAAGAGACCACAGAAACCAGUGACGUCCUACAGAACAUCAUUCAGAAGUGUGCAAACAGACACUUCAGUCUUCAGAGAAGCAGCUCUCCUGAGGAUCUUCUGCUGAUGUUUGAGGACAUUGUGAAAAUGAAUGAUGGACGACACCUGGAGUGUGAUGGAGCUGCACAGUGUUUCACAGUGGAGAUUUCAGAGGCUGUGAAGCUGAAUCUGGUCGUGUGUGGGAGCGACGGGAUGUUAAAAUCCUCUGUAUCAGAGCUGAUCCUGCAGCAGACAGACGGGGAGCUUCAUGAUCGUCAGAUCAGAGUGAUAGAGCUUCCGGCUCUGACUCGUCUCUCAGAAGAGGAAGUGAUGCGUCAGACUCUCAGCUGUGUGUCUCUCUGUGAUCCUGGAGUUCAUGCUUUCCUCAUCAUUGUUUCUGGUGCUCCACUCAAUAAUGAAGACAAAGCAGAAACAGAGAAGAUCCAGAAGAUCUUCAGCUCAAGGAUCAACAAACACCUCAUGAUCCUCAUAAUGCAGGACUCAGAGCAUCAGACAGAACGCAGUGAAGAGACACAGUCUGUCAUCGAGCGAUUCGGAGGACGACAUCAGUUCUUCGGUUCAAAAACACAAGUGUCCACAUUGAUGGAGAAGAUCGAGCAGAUGCUGGAAGAAAACAGAGGAGAGUUUUACUCCACAGAGACAUUUCUGGAGGCUCAGAUGAAAAAACUGAUGAAAUAUGAAGAGAUGAAGAAGAAAAUUCAUUCACUAGAGACACAUUUACUGUCACAAGUUUCAAGAGAAAACACAGAUGAUGAACUGAGGAUUGUGCUUCUGGGAAAAACUGGAGUUGGGAAAAGUGCAACUGGAAACACAAUCUUAGGAAGAAAUGCUUUUAAAGCAGAAACAUCAUUUGAGUCAGUGACUAAAGAGAGUCAGAGAGAAUCAUGUGAAAUCAACGGUCGACGUGUUACUGUGAUCGACAAUCCAGGACUGUUUGAUACUGAACUCAGUAAUGAAGAGAUCCAGAGAGAAAUCAGACACUGUAUCUCCAUGAUCCUGCCUGGACCACAUGUGUUUCUCUUACUGCUUCCACUGGGACGAUUCACUAAACAUGAGGAAGCAUCAGUGGAGAUCAUCCAGGAGACGUUUGGGGAGAAAUCUUUAAUGUACACCAUGGUGCUCUUCACCAGAGGAGACGAUCUGAAGAACAAGACCAUUGAUCAGUGUUUGGGGAAACCUGGAUCUCCUCUGAUGAAGCUGAUCGAAGCGUGUGGAAACAGAUUUCAUGUGUUCAAUAAUAAUCAGACUGAAGACCGAACACAGGUGACUGAUCUACUGCAGAAGAUAGACGACAUGCUGAGAGAGAACGGAGCGAGUUUCUACUCAUGUAAGAUGUUCAGAGACAUGGAGAGAGAAAGACAAGAACAACAGAUCAAGAUCAUGAUGGACAGAGUCAGAGAAAGAGAGGAAGUGAUGAAGAAAGAACAAGAGACAUUGAAACAUGAAACUGAGCAACUGAAGCAAGAAAACAAGAAGAUAAAAGCAGAAAAAGAGAAACUUCAGAUCAAAUAUAACAAAGAAACAGAAGAACUGAUGAACAGAAUAGAAAUUGAGAGGAGAAAAAGAGAAGAAGAGUUUACUGAGAGAGAAAAACGAUACAAAACACUAAUGAAAGAAAAAGAAGAGAGUGAGGAAAAGAUGUGUGAGAAGAUGAAGAGAGAACGAGAGGAAUGGGAGAAACAGAAACUAGAGGAAAAGAUGAGAAGAGAAGAAGAGGAUGAGAAAAGAAGAGAGAAAGAACAGAGAGUUUGGCAUGAAUUUAAUCAGAAAUUGACACGAGAGAGAGAGAGAAUGGAAAGAGAGAAAGAAUAUUUUCAAUCUAAAUGUGAAACAGAAGAAAACAAGAUGAAGAUCCUGAUGGAGAAAGUGAAAAGAGAACAAGAAGAACGGAUGAAGAAAUAUGAAGAAGAGAAAGAGAGAAUGACCAUGAUGAUGAAGGGAGAACGAGAAAAUCAGGACAAAGAGAGAAAGAGAAGGGAAGAAGAGUUCAGAGAGAGAGAAGAACGAUAUAAAACACUGAUGAAAGAAAAAGAAGAGAGUGAGGAAAAGAUGCGUGAGAAGAUGAAGAGAGAACGAGAGGAAUGGGAGAAACAGAAACUAGAGGAAAAGAUGAGAAGAGAAGAGGAGGAUGAGAAAAGAAGACAGGAAGAACAGAGAGUUUGGUAUGAAUUUAAUCUGAGACUGAAACAAGAGAGAGAGAGAAUGGAAAGAGAAAAGAAGAACUUCAAUCUAAAUAUGAAGCAGAAGAAAACAAGAUGAAGAUCCUGAUGGGCAAAGUGAAAAGAGAACAAGAAGAACGGAUGAAGAAAUAUGAAGAAGAGAAAGAGAGAAUGAAGAUGAUGAUGGAGGAAGAACGACAAAAUCAUGAGAAAGAGAGAAAGA